GUUUGUUAUUUCAGCGUAGGCUAUAUAACUUGAUUCAAUAUUGAAACCGGUUUAUUGACUACAACAGCUGUUUCCCGCCUACAACAAUAUGCUUCUCGGAGAUUAAACAACUUCCGGACACCGGAAAGGAAUAACGUAGAAAGAUGGCCUUAUUUUUUCGGAAGAGUUUGAUUGUUCUGCUCAUUGUAGCAAGCACUUACAUCGUGUUAACGGCAGGCUGGAAAAAUAAAAGCAUCUCACUCGGAGACAAUUUUCAUUUAUGUGCUAAUGGAACAGAAGUUGAAAAUGAAUGCGAUUGUGAAGAAAUGCAGACACUUUGUCAACUGCAGCCAUGUUUAACAAGUAAAGAAUAUAUUCAACGCCGAUACAUGUGUGAUGGUGUUUUUCACUGCUCCGAUCUUUCUGAUGAAUGCCUGUGUGAUAUGAGGACUGUGGAAAACAUGGACACUUUUGAUUUUUGUCGAGAACUUUUUAAACCUCCCGAUAAUGCGAGUGUAUGUGGACUCGGACAUUUUGAGUGCGACAAAAAAUUUUUAAGCUUAAAGAACAUGGACCUUCAUUGCGUGAAUAUGAACGAAAUUUGCGAUGGUACCGAAAAUUGUAUUGGGGGAGUGGAUGAAAGAUUUUGCAAGGAAAAAAACAAUACUGUAGUGGUCCCAGACGUUGAACAAUCUACAUAUAAAACAAAAGUUACUCAUUAUUUUUACUGCGGUAACAGCACUCACUUUGAUCAAAAUGCCAUCGCAAACGGUACCGCUGACUUCGAUCACUCUUUGGGUCUCUACGAUGGAAAAUGGCGGUUUAUUGAUUGGCGAAGGCUAUUCGACGGCAUAGCAGAUUGUGACGAUAUAUCUGACGAAUGGCAUCCGCAUUUUGUUUACUGUGGAGAUACCGAUACGAAACAAGUCAUUACGAGGUGUCCAGAAACAGCUAAGGGAAAUCGCGAUCUUUCUUCACCUCAAUAUGCAGUCGAUAGUCUGAUAUUCCCAAUUCUUGAAUGGACAAUUGGAAUCACUGCUUUUAUUGGAAACAUACUUGUAGCAGGACACGCUUUAUUUUGUAUAAUUUUACGCAGAAGACGUCGUCGGCAUGAUUCAGAAGAUGACAUUCACUCUUCCAACGCAACUUUGCGAACAAUGGCAGGUGACGGUAAGAUUAGCAACCACAUUCUAGUGCUGUUUCUAUGCGUGAGUGACUUAAUAAUGUCAAUAAACAUUCUGAUCAUGGCGUCAGUAAAUGAAAUUUUUCGAGGGGAAUUCUGGAGAUACGAUGAAAUAUGGUUAUCCAGCCUUGCUUGCAAUAUUACCGGAAGUAUGGCGAUAUUUUCUACCCAAGCAAGCGCUUUUAUGAUAGUAGUGAUAUCGUUCGUCAGACUUUACGUUGUGAGUAAGCCUUUCAAAGCACUGAAAGUGAAAUAUGUUGUAUGUGCAUCAGUCUCAACCUAUCUACUCGCUGCACUACUGAUGUUUAUUCCGCUAAUGACAUUUGUUCCUCAACUAGAGCGAUAUUUUAUUCAUUCGGCAGCAGUGCCAUAUCACCCACAAGUGGAUGCCACUAUUCUAGAACGUGAUAAGGCCGAAGAUUAUGUUUUCAAAAUGUCCGUAUUGCACGACCCGUCCAACGUGCCGCAGCUGAAACACUUUUCAGGAAUAACAUGGGAUGGUUUAGAAUCGAUGGUGUGGAACAUUAACCAGGAAUUUGCGGGAUGGAAAUAUUACGGAUAUUAUUCUCAAGUUAGUAUUUGUAUUCCACCAAUUGUUGCACACUGGUCGGAUCCAGGUUUAUUAUAUUCUUUCAUUUUACUAACCAUAGACUUUACGGGAUUUCUAUUAGUUUUUGCGGCCUAUACUAUUGUUUAUAAGAAAACCAAACGGAGAGGAGUUGGUUGUCUAAUUUCGGCCGGAUGCUGUUCUAAGCCCCGCAGUAUCUGCCAAUCUAGUGUUCCCACUGUUGGCGCUGAAAUUGAAAAUAGAGGACAAAGACGAUUGAGCAUGACGCGAGACGAAGAAGAUUAUGAAAUGCAAAAAAGAAUUUUGUGGAUUAUAGGUACUGAUUUCGCAUGUUGGUCACCUAUUUGUAUACUCACCUUAGUCAGUGUUAUAAAUCCAAGUAUUAAAAAUGAAACCAGCAUCUUUGCCGCCAUGUUUUUAAUUCAAAUCAAUUGCAUGGUGAAUCCGAUAGUUUACUGCAAACGUGUAAGAUACGGACUCAAGGACGGCGCAGGAAAACUUUGGCACAGUCUUCGGAAUUUUUCAAUUAAAAUACGUAACAGAAAUUCUGCCAACGAAAAUCCGACCACAUCAGAUCCCAGAGAAAACGGUCUUACACGCACUACUACCAAUACAUGCCAGUGUUCUUUUCGAGAUAAAUCGACUUCUACUAAUGAGUUAUACAUGGAUGAUAUUGUUACCAUUCCAUCGGUCGCGAGCGCUAGUUCUAGUUCCUCGGAACAUGUUUAAAAAACGGAGGUUACUUUAUUCGACCCCGUCAAAUUGGCAAUAUUUUUAUUCUGUGCAAAGACAUUCAAUCAAAAUGAGACCGUGAGUCUUUUCAAAGGUACAAAUUCAAUAUUUCCAAUAAUUUAUUCAUUUUCGUUUCGCCUAAGCUAGUAUAGAUCAAGUACAAUUCAAUUCCUAACCUAAAAGUUACUACUUGAAUAAGACACUAUUAAGUAACGCGAAAAUAUGUAACUUUUCUGUAUUUUUGCAUUUUACCGUUAUUGUCGCUGAAUUUUUAAUCAGAAUUCAAGGUGUUUUUAUUGAAUUGUAAAAAAAGAAGGAUAGCCAAUUUACAUUUCUGUUGCUAUUUUUCCGUGUGCUGCCGAAUAGGUUUUAUUGUGAAAGUAGAUUUUUAUUUGUUUUUAUAUUAUUAUUUUUGUUUCUUGCCUCUUUAUUAUUUAUUUUGAGCACAAAUAAAAUAUUUUUAUCAC